AUGAUCUUUCAAGAACUAGGGAUAACCCAAGCCAUCUUACCUUUAACCCGAUUCCAUCUCGUCCAUAGGGAGCCGCCGAACGGAGCCGGUCCCGUGCUGCAACAGAUCCCACUCACCUACUUCCGGACGUACACGUACCAGCCUCUGGGACCCGGGGGAGCCUUCAGCAUGCCCUUCUUUGGGUUCGGGGCGGCACAGACGCCCCUGCUGCCGGGGGCCCAUCAGUACGAUCCUUAUGCGGUGACCAGCUACGCGGCAGCCCGCCGGCACGACUCCUCUCCGGUGGCGGGGGCCAGGCCGGAUGUGACCCCUCCAGUGUUGGCCGUGGGCGGUCCUAUUCCCUUCGCCAGCAGCAGUAGCACCACCACCACCUCCACCAGCACCACCCCAGCACCCACCACCACUACGACUACAACUACUACGACUACCACGCCGCCACCAACGACUACGACGAGUACCAGCACCACCACCACGACGCCACCGCCUCCGCCUCCUCCUCCAGGUCUGGAGGGGUCCUCGCCGGCUCCGGGAUCCGCCGGCACGUCCAGCCUGCUGCGCUACGGGGGAGAGUACCCGACCUACAGUCGCCGGGUGAGCAACCUGUACAACGCCAGGCCGCAGUACCCGUACCCGGACUACUUCAACUACCAGACGCCGGAGCAGGGUGUGGCCGGGAGCGGCAGUCGCAUCCAGUUUGUGCCCUGCAUGUGUCCCGUUACUGUUCCGAGUAUGGUGUCCUCCGUUCCUCCGUCGGGCACAUCUCCUCCGGUGGCCGCCACUCCCGUGGAGCCUCAGCCAGCGGCACGGCACAUCGAGCGACACGACCUGCAGGCCGUGGCGGAGGCCGAGGCGGGAAACGAGGCCGAAGAGGACGAGGAGGAGGAUGAGGGAGAGGCCGAGGCCCAGGAGGAGGAGGAACAGGGCGAGGAGGAGGGUGUUGCAGCCGCCAAGGCGCAACCGGAACAGCAGGACAGCGCAUCCGACACUCCCGUCUAGGACCAUGAGCCUGUGAGGCAUCCUCUGUAGAUUUAAGCCACGCCUCCGACUGAUCCGUCACCCGUCAGCCUGUUAGAUGCAAAAAUAAAGAAGCAGCCAGAUCUGAAAUGAAACUUGGUUUAGUCAUGGAACUCUGCCCCCUUCGAGUCGCCAGCUCCGGGUUUUCUGGGUGGCAGGUCGAAGAGGGCAGGGGGCAGGACGACACAAGGACGGACACAAGAACAUUUAACUCACAUUGAUUUCACUUCUUUUAUUAAUUCGUAUUCGUAGUUUCCAUCAAAAUGACAUUUACACAUUUAAAUUGUAUUUAUAAAUAUUCUAAUACUUUGCGCUUGCUGCACGACCCUCCUCCGAC